AAUGUACGGCCCAACUGUAAUUGGGAGACAACAAGUGUGAAUCUUGCUCUGAUCGUGCCUUAAGACGAUCACCAGAACCUAAUGGUUGAAGGGUGCAUCCUCAAACUUCGCUACUGAAGAAGCAAACUUCCAUAUGACGGCAACUGGCCCGUGAGUACUCCGUUUUACAUGAGAGUUAUAUCUACAUCGAAGUCAAUGUCAAUGAAUUCUUGCAUCGAAGGACCUUAUCUAUGCGAGGUUUGCAGGUGCUUCAAAGAGUUGACUGGAAUAAACAGAUCACUUGUAUCAGUGAGUUUCAUUGCAGAGUAUUGAGAUCAAAAGCAAUGUUCUCUUGCAAGCCAAACGAAGGAGAUCCACCGAACGAGAAGACCAAGACCUCUGUGAUUUGAGUUUCUUUGCCGAGCACAGCAACGUAAUGGAAGGAAAUGUUUGGUACGGCGUCACAGCGAAGCGACCAGUGCUGCUGUGCGGGCCCUUGGAGCUGUGCGUCUUCUCACAAGAGUCAAGGAGGUGAUUACGGUUUUGACAAUUCCAUGCUCCAGUGCAUAUCAGCAGAAAAUCCUGUGCUGUGUAGCACAAGCACUCCCGCUGGACACUGACUUGUGGAGAGAUCAUGCUCAUGGUAGACCUUGAAGCAACAACUGCACAAGAUAUUUUAAGGGACGUAACGGGUGGGCUCUGUCCUUGGGCUUCCUUUGUCCAAGCUUUAUUUGUUUGCGGGAUUCUCAAAUGAUGUUGACCUCUUUCCAGGCUGUCAUAAAUUCUAACAAUCUGCAGUGGGUCUAUGCAAGGACAGAUAACAAACGAGGGACUCUCUUCAAUUUGAUUCGAUCCACUUCGCUUUUUUAAGGCUCUCACAAGCUUCAUGAAUGCAGGAGCAGCCCUUCCUCCACCAGAGUCGAAGUCCGAACUCUAAGCGUUUCGACCAUGGGCUCCAAUCAAGCAUUGAUCUCUCACUGGAGAACAUUUAGACACUCGAUCACUGCAGUGACAUCAGAGCUGUGCUCUUGUCAAUAACGAAUACUCGAACUGUUGAAGACGGGGUAGCGAUACUCUUGUACUUCAAAGCAUACAUCCGGCAUACUCUCUAAUG